UUUGUUAUCAAUUUUCCCCACUUUUUGCUAAUAACUGUAAUUAUAGUCAUUAUAUAAAGUCAUUAAUUGUAAGACAUUUUGAAUUGAAUUGAAAAUAAUGUCUAAACUAUUAAUACGACAAACACUGAGAUUGCCUCAGAUUUUAGCCACAAAUCUGACAAAAAGUGGUCAAUUCAGUGGACAUAUCACUGGACAUCAACUGUUGAUCAGAGGUUUCAGUCAGACAUCACCCAUGAAUCGCAUCGAGAAUGUGCUGAUCAUUGGAUCAGGUCUUAUGGGCUCAGGUAUCGCCCAGUCGUGUGCCACCACUAAUCGCUUCAAAUCAAUCACAUUACAAGACAUCUCUGAGGAUCAGUUGUCUAAAGCCAAGACUCGUAUCACUCAAAGUCUCACUAAUAUUAAAGAGAAGAAGAAAGCAAACAUCGGUGAUGUGAACGAAGUGGUCAGUCGUAUAACACUGUCCACUGAACGCAAACCCCAAUCUGAAGACAAUCUAUUGAUUAUCGAAGCGAUUCCGGAAUUAUUGGAACCAAAGCAGAGAAUAUUCAAAGAAUUGUGUGAGAGCUUUAAGGACAACAAAUCGGUUAUAUUCGUGACCAACACUUCUUCGCUUCCAUGCUAUGAAAUCGGCAAAUAUGUCGAUUGCAAAGACAGAUUUGGCGGACUUCACUUCUUCAAUCCGGUGCCACUCAUGAAACUCGUGGAAAUCGUCAAAGUCCAGGGAACUAAUGAGCAAACCUUUGAACUGUUGCAACAAUUUGUCAAAGAUGCGGAUAAAGUGGGUGUCGCCUGUAAGGAUACGCCGGGAUUUAUUGUGAACCGAUUGUUAGUGCCAUACAUGCAGGAAGCCGUCAGACUCUUGGAGAGAGGAGACGCCACGGCCCGGGACAUCGACACUGCAAUGAAAUUGGGCGCCGGAUAUCCUAUGGGUCCUUUUGAACUGAUGGGUAAG